GCAGUCGACGGCGUAGCAGCUGCGCAGGAGCCCCAGAAUGGAGUUGGAACUCAUGGAGAAUGACAUUUUAGAAUCACUUGAAGACCUCGGUUACAAAGGUCCAUUGUUAGAAGAUGGAGCUCUGACCCUGGCAUCUUCUGGUGGAGCCAAUUCCCCUGAAUAUACCAAGCUCUGUGCUUGGUUGGUUUCAGAGUUAAGACUGUUUUGCAAAUUAGAGGAAAAUGUACAAGCAACUAACAGUCCAAGCGAAGCAGAUGAGUUCCAACUUGAAAUUAGUGGGUUACUAGGUGAAAUGAACUGUCCCUAUACAACACUAACAUCAGGAGACGUCACCAAGCGCCUUCUCAAUCAAAAAAACUGCCUCCUGCUCCUCACAUACCUCAUCUCAGAAUUAGAAGCUGCUAGAAUGCUGUAUGUGAAUGCUCCCCCCAAAAAAGCUCAGGAAGGUACUGGUAGUGAAGUAUUUCAGGAAUUAAAAGGCAUAUGUAUUGCUUUAGGCAUGUCAAAGCCUCCAGCCAACAUAACAAUGUUCCAGUUCUUCAGUGGAAUAGAAAAAAAGUUAAAAGAAACAUUAGCAAAGGUUCCUUCAAAUCAUGUAGGAAAACCUUUAUUGUCGAAACCAUUGGGUCCAGUCCAUUGGGUAAGGAUUUGCCUAUAA